AUGUCGUCUCCCUCUCGUCCCAUGCCCUCCCUCCCCCCCAGUCCACUGGCCAUGGAGUACCUCAAUGACUUUGACCUCCUCAAGUUUGAGGUGAAGCCUGACAGUCCUCCUCUUCCUCCCUCCUGUACGCUCCCCAAGUCUGGCCUCCCCCUCGAUCCCUCCAGUUCCCCCGGCCCCUACACCAACCACCCUCCCCAGGACUCCAGCCUCAGCUCCAGCCCAUACAACUCCCUGCCCCCCUCUCCAACGCUGAGCGAUGCCCACCCACCUCCCUCAGCCUCCUCCUCCCUCUCUUCUUCCUCCUCCUCCUCCAUCUCCUUUCCCCUGUCCAUCUCAAACAGCUACACCUCUGGCAUCAGUUCGGGCUCUCAGGGGAAUAUGGAGGGUAGCCCCUCCCAUGGGGGUGCCCAGGGUCCUAACCCUGCUUCUUUGGAAGACCUGAUCUGGCUGGCAGCACUGCAGCAACAGUUUGGAGGGGCCGGGGGGCCUGCAUCCUUGUUGGGGGCAUUGGGAGCAGGGCCAGAGCGGGGAGACAGAGAGAGGGGGCCGGUUGGCAGCUUCCUGGGCUGUGAGGACGCAGUGGAGGCUCUACUGAACUCAGCUGCUGCAGCUGUUAGCUCGCAGUUUCCAGUGCUUUCCCAGAGUUCCAGCAGUAACCUCGGGGAUUCAGGAAGUGACAGUGGAGGUGACAUCUCCUGCUCCAAGGGGACAGAUAUGUGCCACCGUCCACUCCUCUACCUCUCCUCUGGCCCCCAAUCACUCCCUAACGCCAACCCUUCCUCGGCAACAUACCCACAACCCCAGAGCCCCUCAGGCCGACUUCAUCACCAUCACCCACAUCAUCAUCAUCACCACCCUCACCACCCCAUGCAUGGCCAUCAUCUUCACCAUCAUCAUCACCUCCAAGUAAUUAAUGGGUGUGGUGGGGUGGAUGAACGUUUCUCGGACGAGCAGCUAGUGAGCCUGUCAGUGCGGGAGCUGAACAGACACCUGCGUGGCGUUAGUAAGGACGAGGUGGUGCGUCUCAAGCAGAAACGCCGUACGCUAAAGAACCGAGGCUACGCCCAGUCCUGCCGCUACAAACGCUUGCAGCACCGCCACGCACUGGAGUCCGAGAAGCACGUCCUCACACAACAGUUGGAACAACUACAGUGUGAGCUCUCUCGGGUGCUGAGAGAAAGGGACGCCUACAAGGCUCGCUAUGAGAAGCUCAUCAGUACAAACAAGGCUCAACCUACCCGCGCCAACAACUCCCCCUCACCACCCCCUGAUUACUUCCUCUGA